GGUUCCUGUUUUGUCUAUCAACUGUUCCAGCAGGCAUUUCUGUUCAGGAACAGUUAGCUGCUGGCGGGUCGCUGUGGUUUCCUGACCUCACUGCAGUGGACUCCACCUGGAUUCUGCCCGUCUCUGUCGGUGUUGUCAACUUACUGAUAGUGGAGAUUUUCGCUCUACAAAAAAUCGGAACAUCUCGCUUUCAAGUGUAUGUUACGAAUUUUGUCCGUGCUGUCUCCGUGUUGAUGAUCCCAGUUGCUGCAACAGUACCCUCGGCGCUUGUUCUCUACUGGCUGUGCUCCAGCCUCAUGGGCCUCUCACAGAACCUGCUGCUGCGCUCCCCUGCAUUCCGCCAGUUGUGCCGGAUACCACCCAGCAAGUCUGACUCAGACACCCCAUACAGAGACCUCUCUGCUGCCUUUUGUGCCAAGUUCCUUUCAAGAAAACGAUGAGAGCCCACUCCCAGUACCCCUGAAAUAAUUACAAAUGUCACUGUCAGUUUCAUGCAUUGAAUUUAGAAGUCUUUAUUUAAAUAUCAUGAAGCACUGUGGGAAAGAUGUAAUUCAGAUGUGUUUGACAUUUAGUAUUAAAAACUGAAUGUUCAGUUGUAAAAGUGUAAAAAUAACACAGGAUGCCUGGCCUUGUUAAUAAAAAAAUCAUAGUUUCGCUGAGAGCAGGAUUAGAUCCUGUGUGAUCUUUGCCCAACUGUCCACAAAUAAAGUUUUGCAAAUUAAA